CCCAUCACACCACGGCCAGUAUGGAUGCGCCGAGUCCUGCAAAGCUCAUUGGCAUUAUCAAGCAAUCGCUUGAUGGAGAUCAUACACAAUUGAGUCCAGCACAGGCGAUUGCGCUCCUCUGCCACGCGAAUGUGCUUGUUGCGGGCUUCAAAUGCAUCAAACCUGUUGACGGCGACACUGCGCCUAGCUCCCUAGACAACGUGCAGCCCGUGGAGAUUCCAGAAGAUGACAUCAAAUUGAGUUAUGAGCUCGAAGACACGGCACUCGACUUGAAAGUAUCGGCCAUGCGAAGCAAAAUUGUCAUCUAUGGCAUGGAUCAUUCAGACAAUACUGCUUCACUCGAGGUCGCUACAGAUGAGUACACAAAGAGCGCAACAAAUGCAGAGUCCCUUGUGGAUUCUUUCAUCAGCUUGGCGCAGGUGAAGGCCUUCAGCAGUCUGUUCAAGGCUCAAAUACUAAACAAGCUCGUCGCAAAUACUGAUCAAUCAGAGGAAGAUGAUCAAUCUGGCAAGGCGGCCCAGACACAGGCGCAGCCCCGGGCUCAAGCACAAGAGCAACGUGAAGAAAGGAUACCCAUGCCUUCUCGAGAGGAGCCCUUACAACUGCCAAACCAGGGACGUCAGCAAAGUCGGCCGAGUGAUUGGCCACCGGAGCUCGAAGACGAACACCAGCUGCUGCAGCCUGCACGAGGCCAGUCAACAACAGGCGGCCGUGGUAUUGGCCGCAUUGGAGAUGAUGACUUGAGACCACCGGGAAUUGAUGCCAUGAAUCCCUUUGGGCGAGAUGGGCCUAGGAUGCCUGGUAUGGGUGGCGGCCAUCGCGGCAUGCACCCAACACCAGAUGACUUCUUCCCUGGUGGUGGCAACACGGGCCCCUUUGGAGAGUUACCAGAUGGAAGGACACCUGGACCAGCUCCACCUGCAGGUGCGCGCUAUGAUCCUGUCUUCCCAGGUGAUCCAUUCGGGGGACCCGGUCGAGGUAUGGGACGUGGUCGAGGUGGCGGUGGUCCUGGGCGAGGUGCAUUUGGAGGUAGCGACAACAUGUUUGGUUAGUGCUGAUGCAAAGGCUCAUCUAUAGGCUUUUAAUGAUUAGGUUUUACGAAUAGCAACGAACAAUAGUUUUAAGCUCGACUGUCAUAGUAUUCUUGUCGUGG